GACAAAUGCGCACUCACGAGGACCCAGCCCCUGAGCUGAGACACAUUUCCUGUUCCCCCAGCAGAGGGAGAAAGAUGGCGCCUUCACACGUAUUAAGAUGCUGUCAACGGGGUUUAGCGUGGAUCCCUGUGAUUUUUAUCGCCCUUGUCGUCUGCUGGUCUUAUUACGCCUACGUGGUGGAGCUUUGUGUUUUCAUCUACCUGACCUUCUUCCACCUCUCCUUCGUCAUGUUUGUGUGGUCUUACUGGAAGACCAUCUUCACCAAGCCCGCCAGCCCCUCCAAAGAGUUCUGCCUGCCGAAGGCUGAGAAGGAGCGGUACGAGAAGGAGGAGAGGCCAGAGUCCCAGCAGGAGAUCCUGUGGAGAGCCGCCUCCACGCUGCCGCUGUACACCCGCACAGGCGCCGGAGCGAUCCGAUACUGUGACCGCUGUCAAGUCAUCAAGCCGGACCGGUGUCAUCACUGCUCCGCGUGUGACAUGUGUGUGCUGAAGAUGGACCACCACUGUCCCUGGGUGAACAAUUGCGUUGGCUUCUCCAAYUACAAGUUCUUCAUCCUUUUCCUGGCCUACUCGCUGGUCUACUGUUUGUUCAUUGCGGCCACAGUUCUGCAGUAUUUCAUAAAGUUCUGGACAAACGAGCUGCAAGACACGCCCGCCAAAUUCCACGUCUUGUUCCUGUUUUUCGUGGCGGCCAUGUUCUGCAUCAGUAUUUUGUCCCUCUUCAGCUACCACCUGUGGCUCGUGGGGAAGAACAGGUCCACCAUAGAGGCGUUCAGAGCACCUGUCUUCAGAACGGGCUCGGACAAGAACGGCUUCUCUUUGGGUUUCCGGAAGAAUAUCGCUCAGGUCUUCGGAGACCAGAAGAAGUACUGGCUGCUGCCGGUCUUCACCAGUCAAGGAGACGGUCUGACGUUCCCCACUCGGCUGGUCAACGCAGACGCAGAGCAGGCCUCAGUGACGCUGCAUCCCGAGCCCAGCAAAAGCGUGACCGACGUUCCCGUGAGCCCGGAGGGCGAGUCCCAGAACCACCUUCUGAACGACGGGCAGCACGCCAACGACGCCGAGGACGUCCUGGCCGACGAGCCUCAGAAAUCAGCUGAAAGUGAAACCUUCACAGUCUCCAUGGAGAGCUGGUCCUAACCAGGAGAGACGCCUCAGUCAUCUAAUGCGAUGCCUUAAACAACCCAACCGUUCAGUUUCGUCCAUACUGUAUCCCCGCAGACCCUUUGGACGUGCAGCCCACCGGCCCGUCGCAGCACAGUCAGGAUUUAAAAGCCUUAUUUUUUGCAUGCAGGACAUCACACAAUCACUCCCAUUCUUCAUUUUUUUUAUAUAUGUUUCCACUCCGUUUUUAUUUCACUUGUGAAAACCUCUUGUGCCCCAAAAAAGACGUCCCAGGACUUGUUUUUACAGGCACAAAGCAGCCGUGACGAUUUGGAGGAUAUGCUGUCAAAUAGAGCAUUAUUUUUAUUACCUUUUUUUUUUUUUUUUUUUAACUUCCAGCUAAUGAAGUGGAGAUUUGACCGGUUUAUUAUUAACUUCAAGUUCAAACGUGUGAUUUGCACCUUUUUGUUUCGAGUUGGAUCUUUUACCACCAAAAACCUGGACUGUGUUGCAGGAGGGACUCUGCUGGUUCAGUGGACUGUCCCUGUCCCCUCAGCACCAGGAGUUUUGGCCGGCAGUGUGGAAAGCAGAGCACAAGAUGGCRCCUUUGCACUUUGUUACUUUCAAAUAUUUAUCAAAACAUGUGCUUACUUUUUUUUUUAAUUAUUUGCGUUUUUUUAUUUUUUAUUUUUACAUGUCUAAAAAGUAUUUUCGGUAAGACCGAUGUGUAUUUUAAAUUGUGUGUGUGUGUAAGACAGUUGAAAUGGCAGUYAUUAGCUUCGUUUCUUUCUGUACCAGCUGGUGUUGGAAUAUGCUGCUCAAACCCAGGAGACAUGCGGCGUCACCCUCUCUGCUCGCUCGGCGUCUGAUCAGUGAUGUCUUACGGCUUGAUCUAUUUUUUUUCUACAGCUCAACUUUUAACUCAGAGCACUCGUUGCCAAAACAAGGGCUGGGCUGUCAGGAGCUCUGACACCUGAACCUGAAGUGUUUACAGCAUCCUAGCUUUACCUGAACUCUCACUGGUGAUCAUCGUCCUCAUCCAGGUGGGCAGUUUUUCCUCUGUCAAGUGUUGUAUUACCAGAAGUGGGCAGCAGGUGGCGACAAAACUCCUGGUAGCUGUUCUGACUUGGAUGGAGCAUCAGGGGUUUGAUUCUCUUUUCAAUCGGUUCUGUUUGUGUGUUUAUCUGCUAGUAACGCAUCAUGAAUCAGUGGAUAGAUUUGAAUGAAACCCAAUUCAAAAUGGUCGCUACAGCAAAUCAGCUUUAACCAAACACAAAAGUGGCUGUGAUUUGUCGUGGUAGCUGAGAGUAAAAUGAUCUUGUGGAAGCGGUGCUCGACAUGCAUUCCUUUUUAAAAUAAAGAAUAAUAAAAGUGAUAACUUCAGUUUUUAAAGCUCCACAACUCAGAUUUUCUGUGGAAGUGAACAGAAGCCCUCUGAUCAGCUGUGAAGGAGUUGUGGGCUGCAGCUUCUCGUCGUGGCGCCGUGUUGUGAACCRUGGGAAGACCCGCCUCUUCCUCAGCUCGUGUUUAACCGUUACGUCGAUCCGUCUCGUGUGCGUGUUGAACAUGUGGCCAACUUAAAAUCUAUUAAGAAAUAAAAAUACCUGCCGCUGGAUCCCACCAGACUCUGAUGUCGUUCGUGUUUACAGCUGUUUCUAAUGUGCAGGGUGAGCCUGUUGUGAUUUUAAUUUUAUUUUCUAUUUGGAAAGAGUUUUCUUUUUGUUACGUCUUUCCCAAAUGUGAUGAUGGUUAAAACUUUAAAACCCGUAACUGGGUUUAGUUUUUUUUUUUUUUUUGUUACAGCACUGGUACACUGUGGUAAAAUCUCAAGGUAACAGAUUAAAGUUGCAGAUAGAGACCAUGAUCCAAGCCAAGGUGAAGUCCUGAUCGUGGAUUCUCGGCUGUCGCGGACCCGUUGCCUUGACUCUGUGCCCGCCUGGCUGGUCUUGAGACUAAAGUUUGUGUGUAUUUUGUAAAGCUUCAUGACCAUCUUUCUCUCUCUUUUUUAUUUUUUUAAUCAUGAGGAAAAAGAUUCUAACAUGCAUAUAAACUGUUGAGCAUGGCGCCUGACUUCUGUACAAGAAAAGGUUUUGCUACAAUUAUUGGGAUUUUGGUGUUUUUUCUUUUUUAUAUAUCUUCAGUUAUGCCGUUUUUAAAAUGAGCUUUAUUCUGUUUAAAUGAAGCCAUAAAACUCCUGUGAAAGCAGGAAAACAGUCAGAAUAUGUUUUUUUUUAAGACUGACGCUGCAGCCGUCUUCUCAGUUCCGGCUGCAAUCAUAACUUGCUACAUUUUAGGAUUUUUUGUUGGUUUUUCUAUUUUACAAUGUGUUUCUAUAUUAUGUAAAAAAAACAAACUAUACACAUAUAUUUUUCUUGUCUGAUUAAUUUUCCUGUUUGUGAAUGAAGUACAUGCUUCUACAGUUACUGUGUCGAUAACAAUAAAUGUUUUUUAUAUGAA